AUGGCUCAGGAGGCGCUGGCUGUGCACGAGCGCCUCUUGUUCCAGGCCACCUGCCCGUUGUGCCUGGAUGUGUUCGAGCACCCCGUGGUCACGGCGUGCGGGCACAGCUUCUGCGGGCAGUGCCUGGCGGCCGUACUGGGGGACCCCCCGCGCCCCGCCGCCUGCCCGCAGUGCCGCGCCCCGCUGGAGCCGGGCUCGCAGUACCCCAACCGCUCUGUGGGCGAACUGGCGGAGUUGGUCCGGUCCCUGGAGGAGGAGGCGGCGCGGCCGCGGUGCCCCCAGCACGGCAAGGCCCUGGCGCUGUUCUGCGAGCCCUGCGCCGCCCUGCUCUGCGCGCCCUGCCGGGACGGGCCCGAGCACCGCGGGCACCGUGUCCGCCCCGCCAAAGUGGCCGCCCGGGAGCUGCAGGAGACAUUCCAGACAAACCUGCUUACUUUACAAGAACAGAAGAAAAAAUUGAAUCACAGAGGAGACCAGAAAAGUGAAGACCUUCAGGUGACAGUGAGGUCGGAGCUGCAGCGAGUGGCUGAGAGCUUUGAGGAGCUGCAGCAGUGCCUGGAGGAGCAGAAGGAGACCCUGCUGGCCCAGCUGGUGCAGAUGUCCCAUAAGCUGGACAGUAAGAGCGGGGAAUACACGCGCAGGGUUUUGGAGAGGCAGUCGCUGCUGGACACAGUGAUUGCGCAGAUCCAGGAGAAGCGGGAGCAGCCGGCGGUCGAGUUCCUCAAGGAUGUCGGCACAAUCCUGAGCAGCUGUGAGGCAGCCAAGGCCCCGAUCCCAGAGCCAGUUUCCCCAGAGCUGCAGAGGAGCAUUCAGAACAGCCAACAACUCAUGGACAUGGUGGAUAAAUUCAGAGAAGGCACAGACUGAUGUUUCUGUCCCCCUCUAGAGCAGGUGACGCUGGACCCAGACACAGCGCAUCCUCACCCGAUCCUCUCAAAGAAACGCAAAAUGCUCCAGUUCAGAAAUGAAGAACAAAACCUCCCUGACAACCCCAAGAGGUUCAAAUUGAGCCGCUGUGUCCUCGGCUCCCAGGGGUUCACAUCUGGGAGGCAUUACUGGGAGGUGGAGGUCGGGGAAGAGGGCAGCUGGGCAGUGGGGGUGGCCCUGGAGUCCGUGCCCAGGAAGACGUGGAUCAACCUGCGCAGCUCUGAGAUGGUCUGGGGACUGCGAAUGACGUUCAAUGGCCAGUACAGAACAGGCUGCAUGACCACUGAGGUGCUGGAGCUCAGGGAAAAACUCCAGAGGAUCAGGGUUCACCUAGAAUACGAAGCGGGCCUAGUGACCUUCUACAACGCAGAGGACAUGACACUGAUCCAGCAGUUGGAGGCCACCUUCACUGAGAAAGUCUUCCCGUAUUUUUGCAUCUCCUCCCUAGUAACCCACAUCCGGGUGUGUCACUGACGGGGUGGGAUGGCUGCCGGGCCCCUCUUGCAUUGCCCUAAAUUGUUGAUUGUUCUUUCACCCUAGGUUAUUAGAAAUUUGCACUGAAUAGUCUCUAUACUGCACUGAAUAGUUUAUGUAAUAUCACAUGGUUUGUUCUUCCCCUCUCCUACCACAUGGAUUUCCUUCACCCACCCCUCUCCCCAGUACCCUCCCCUGGUCUCUGCCCUGCUUUACCCCUCCUCACUGGUGUCCCAUGGGCUGU